AUGGGCCAGUGUAACACUUCCCAUGUCGACUCUGAAGGAAUUAUCCAGGCUUCUGUGGCUGUGGUUGGAGAAACUGGGCACAGUUCAACUUAUGUGUCUUCUUGCAUCAUCAGCUGCAGCUUCAUGGUGGAGAUGAACACAGAGAAAGAUGAGUCUGUCAGGUUGGUGGGAGGAGCCAAUCACUGCGCUGGAAGAUUGGAAGUUAAAGUCCAGGAAGACUGGAGACCAGUAGUGGACUCUGACUCAGACUGGACCAUGAAGGCAGCAGGUGUUGUGUGUGCAUAUCUGGACUGUGGCUCUGCUGUUUAUACAGAAUGUGGAUAUGUUACUUCAUUCCGACCUGUCUGGGAGAUCACAUCUGACUGUGUUCACUCUGGAUCUUCUCUGAGGGAUUGUGUCAUAUCUUCAGAUUCUUCUGCCUCCAGCCUUCAGAUCACCUGUUCAGACUCUGUCAGACUGGUUCAUGGGUCCAGUCUGUGUUCAGGCAGACUGGAGGUGAAGUUGAACCAGUCCUGGUCCUCAGUGUGUGAAGAUGACUUUGACCUGCAGGAUGCAGAGGUGGUGUGUGGGGAGCUGGGCUGUGGGCCUCCUUCACUCCUCCAGGGGAUGAACUAUGAAGAUAUCAAUGCUCCAAAGUGGACCAAAGAGUUCCACUGUGGAGGAAAUGAGACUGGUCUUUUGGACUGUGGAAGCUCAGGUUCACAGAGAAACACAUGUUCAUCUGGUAGAGCUGUUGGACUCACCUGCUCAGAGUCUGUCAGGUUGGUGGGAGGAUCCAGUCACUGUGCUGGUACGCUGGAGGUGAAACUCCAGGAAGACUGGAGACCAGUAGUGGACUGGGACUCUGACUGGACCCUGAAGGCAGCAGCUGUAGUGUGUCAAGAUCUGGACUGUGGCUCUGCUGUUUAUACAGAAAGCAGAGAUGCUCCUGCACAAAGGCCUGUGUGGAUGAUCAGAUCAAACUGUCUUGAGUCUGGAUCUGCUCUGAGGGACUGUGUGAUAUCUCCAGAUUCUUCUGCCACCAGCCUUCAACUCACCUGCUCAGACUCUGUCAGACUGGUUCAUGGGUCCAGUCUGUGUUCAGGCAGACUGGAGGUGAAGCUGAACCAGUCCUGGUCCUUAGUGUGUGAUGAUGACUUUGACCUGCAGGAUGCACAGGUGGUGUGUGGGGAGCUGGGCUGUGGACCUCCUUCAGUCCUCCAGGGGAUGAACUAUGAAGAUGUCGAUGCUCCAAAGUGGACCAAAGAGUUCCACUGUGGAGGAAAUGAGUCUGGUCUUUUGGACUGUGGAAGCUCAGGCUCAGACAGAAACACAUGUUCACCUGGUAGUGCUGUUGGACUCACCUGCUCAGAGUUGCUGUUUCAACCAACCAUCUCUUUGUCCUCCUCCUCUGUGGGCGGAGUCUAUGAGCUCCAGCAGGAGGAGUUUCAGGUGUUUGAAGGCUCCAACGUCACCAUCAGAUGUUCCAUCCAACCACAGUACCCAGGAGGCUCCUUCAUACUUACCUUCACUUCCUCCAACACAACACGCAACUCCACCCAGUCAGCUGUCAAUCACUCUGCCCUCUUCGCGUUUCCUGCUGCACACCACACCCACCAAGGAAACUACAGCUGUGCUUAUCACGUCCAUUUUUUUUCUCAUAACUUCUCAUCUGAGAGUCAUCUGCUGUCUCUGACUGUCUCAGGUGUUGAUGCAGCUGCUCAGGAUGGUCUCAGUAGCCCCAAUAUAGAAGGUGAUGACAAAGAGGAGUAG